UCUGUGGAGGUCAGUGUCAGACUGAGUUCAACAUGAAGCUGCUGCUGCUGUUCUUGCUGUUGGGGAAGACGAUCUGUGUGUGUGUGUCUGUCUCCUCCAACACACACUCCGACGCACACUCCGCCACACUCUCCGACACAGACUCGGAGAGGACGGGGGGCUCCGUUGGGGAGGACGGGGUUCUACAGUUGAACAGAGGAAACUUCAAACAAGCUCUCAAACACCACAAACAGCUGCUGGUGCACUUUUUUGCUCCUCUGUCGGGGGAAGGCCAGCGGGUGGCAGCAGAGUUCCGAGCCGCAGCACUGCAGCUGCAGAGGUCGGAGGUAAAGCUAGGUGUGGUCGACGUCUCCAAGGAGAAGGAGCUGGCUCGGGAGCUCAACGCCACAACCCCACCCUCACUCAGGCUCUACCAAUCAGGAGACAGAGACAAAGUCACACCAUGCCCAGGACUGCAGACUGCUGCCUCCAUUGUGACAUGGCUAAAGAGGAGGGCGGGGCCUUCAGCUGACCUCAUCACUGAUCUUAGCCAAUCCGAUUGUCUAGAAGACUUGGAGGGGCUUGUGGUCCUGGGACUGUUCAAGGAUCUCCAGCAGGGGGCAGUGCAGGUGUUCUACGCUGCAGCAAUAGACUUGCCAGACCUGCUCUUCUACAUCAGCAGCUCUCAGACCUUCUACAGGAAGUACAACAUCAUCAACCAGGAAGUGGUGCUGCUGUUGAAACAGUCUGAGGUGCAGCAGGUGUAUGACAUGAGCAGUCAGACAUCUAAAGAGGAGCUGAUUCUCUUCAUCACUGUUCACCAGAUGGACCUGGUCACUGAGUACACUGGACAGACUGCGGCUCAGAUCCUGUCCUCUCCGGUUCUAAGCCACGCCCUCCUGUUUGUCAACAAGAGCUCCGACGACUUCUUCCAUCUCCAGGCGGCCUUCAGUGCCGCUGCUGCCCCCUUCAGGGGGAAGCUGCUGUUCGUGCUGGUGGAUGUGGACGAGCCAAGGAACGGCAGGAUGUUGGAGUACUUCCGUGUUCGAGACGUGGAGGCUCCCUUGCUGCGAUUGGUCAACUUGACAGACUAUGUGACCUACCAGCUCCCCUCUGACACGCUGGACACGCCCACCAUCACACACUUCUGCCAGUCAUACCUGGAGGGCAAGGCCAAGCCUCGCCUGCAGAGCGAGCCAGCUCCAGCUGACUGGGACCAGCGUCUGGUGAAGGAGCUGGUGGGCUCUAACCUCGAGAGAGUCGCCUUCAACCCAGACAAGACUGUCUUCAUCCUGUUCUAUCUGCCCUACAGCCAGAGGAGUCGCUCUCUCUUCCUGUUGUGGGAGGAGCUUGGUACGGCCUUCCUGUCCAGAGAUGAUGUGGUCAUCGCUCGCAUUGACACGUCAUCCAAUGACAUUAAUCUGUCUCUGCAGGAGCCAAGCCCCGCCUUGCUCCUCUUCCCCGCCCUUCACGCAGAGAGGGUGGUGAUCUACAGAGGAGAGAGGACUCUGGAGGAGCUGAGGGGCUUUCUGGAGAGAGAGAUGGAGAACGCCAGCAGAGACAGAAUCAAGGAAGAACAGGAGAGGAAGCAAUACAUUGAAGCACAGAAGGCAGCAGAGAUCAAGGAAGAACUUUAGUAUGGAUCUUUAGCAUGCAGUAUGGUAGUGUAUUGCAUGGUAUGGUAGGGUGUAGUAUAUAUUAAACCCUGUUUCAAAGCGUC